CAUCUUCGUAUCGCCAUCACGGUGCUUGGUUUUCCAACCAGAAUUCAUAUAUAGUGCUUGUCGCUUCCAAAGACCGACAAGAUAUACAUUGCCGAGCCCUUACCGAGCCUUGGUGCAUAAUCAAGCUCAUCUCUCUUCCUCGCGACAGUUUUUGGUCACUGGCAGCCAUUCUAAUUUGAGUACAUCGACUUUUUUUGGUGACUUUCUCGCUUGUAUACUACAUUACACGUUCUCCGACCCAUCUCUCCUAACAUUCAUUUACCUAUUUGGACGGCCGUAUCUCAAGCCUCAUUCAGCAUCCAAAACACAGUACCAUGUCUUCCUGUGAAGGCUCCAACGAAUAUGACGGGCGCAUGGGUGUCCGCAUUUCGUCCAUUUUCGUCAUCCUUGUGGCAUCUACCUUUGGUGCCGUUUUCCCAGUGAUGGCAAAACGUAGUAGACACAAACUGGUGCCAAACUGGGUCUUCUUCAUUGCAAAAUAUUUCGGAUCCGGAGUCAUCAUUGCGACUGCAUUUAUCCACCUUCUUGCACCAGCAAACGAAGCACUAGGCAACGAAUGCUUGACUGGUGUCAUCGCCAAAUACCCUUGGCCAGAAGGCAUCGCCCUUAUGACCAUCUUUCUCAUGUUCUUCCUCGAGCUCAUGACGAUGCGCUACGGCAACUUUGGCAGCGGUCACCAACACGACGCCAGCCACACUCAUGCAGCCAUCCCGCAAUCCAAGGUUAGUAGCAACAACAGUGUGGAAGAGAGCAAAGGCCACGACAUUGAAGCCGCCGCUCGCAACCCCAGCAUUCGCGGCAACGAUCACCUCGGUCACCAGCGCCAACAUAAUGCCAGCGGCGAGUACAAAUCCGACGACCACGAGCACCACGGUUUCGUCCCCAAUGAAUACGCUGCCCAGCUCACCGCCAUCUUCAUCCUCGAAUUCGGCGUCAUUUUCCAUUCCAUCUUCAUCGGACUCACCCUCGCCGUCGCGGGCGACGAAUUCACCACGCUCUACAUCGUGCUAGUCUUCCACCAAAUGUUCGAGGGCCUCGGUCUGGGCUCCCGUCUCGCCGAAGUCUCCUGGCCCGCUUCCAAGCGCUGGACCCCUUACUUUCUCGGCAUCGGCUACGGUCUCUCCACCCCGAUUGCUAUUGCCAUUGGUCUGGGUGUCCGCCAGUCGUUUGCUCCAGAGUCCCGUACUACGCUUCUCUCCAAUGGCAUUUUUGAUUCUAUCAGUGCGGGUAUCUUGAUUUAUACCGGUCUGGUGGAGCUCAUGGCGCAUGAGUUUAUGUUUAGCCCGUACAUGCAGAAUGGGCCUGUUAGUCGGACGCUCAAGGCGUUUGGGCUUAUGACGCUUGGUGCUGGUUUGAUGGCUCUUCUCGGUUACUGGGCUUAGGCUUUCCUCUGCCAGGCUUUUUCCUUGUUUUCUACUUAAUUGUUCAAUGUGCAUGGGAGGUAUCGUUGGUCUCAUUGCAUUAUUUUGAUAUUAUUUUUUUUGGUAUACCCAUAGAUCAGGCCAGCUAUCCUGGUCCCAUAUUUUCAUGUGGCUGUAAGAUAGACGUAUACUAACUGAACAUGGAAUGAGAAUGAUACUAUGACCCC